UUAACAUAGAAACUACCCUAGCUAGCUAGGUUAAGUCGGUACGGUGCAAAUGUAUUUGUAUAAAUAUUAGGUGCAUCCUUCGCUGAAUCAAUAUCGCUAAACACUCUUCUUUCUCUCGAUAGAUUUGUGUUCUUCAUCUUUCAUCUUCUCUUGUGCUUUUUAUAUCUCUAAGUAACUAUGGCUUCUCAAUUGCCUGGUUCAGCUAAGAUCGGAGACUCCAACGCUCCCAUCACGGCUUCGGGUUCCAGCGAUCCAGUCACGGACGCAAUUGUCUCAAACGUUGUCAACACUUCACCACCGAUGGGUCAGACCGAGGAGAGACCAACCACGUACCUCGCUGCUCUCCUCAAAAACAUCAACACUUGCCGUCCCAGCGUCGCAAAGGUCUCAAAAGUCAAGAAACCAACCAAAACCAUCGCCAAACCUGUUAGACCGGUUAGAUAUAUUCGACCGGUUAGGCCGGUGAAACUUGUUAAACCACAUAAAGUACCUCGGAACAAAUAUCCCAUGGGCUACACCGAGAAUGGAUCCGCCACGUACCUCUCCUCAGGAAACCCUUGCCUCGACUUCUUCUUCCACGUUGUUCCUUCCACGCCCAAGACAUCUCUCGAGCAGAGGCUACAAGAGGCUUGGGACCAUGAUGCCUUAACCACUCUCAAGCUUGUCUGUAACCUUCGUGGAGUCCGUGGCACUGGAAAGUCUGACAAGGAAGGGUUUUACACGGCAGCGUUGUGGCUCCACGAUCACCAUCCCAAAACCCUAGCUUGUAACCUCGAGUCCCUCUCCAAAUUUGGAUAUUUUAAAGAUUUUCCUGAGAUUCUUUACCGGAUCCUAAAAGGAUCUGAAAUCCGAGAUAUCCAGAAUUCGGAAUGGCUCAAGACAAUAGCGGAAGCAUAUGCUCGUAGAAGAGCCCGAUUCUCUCUCCAACUCUCUAGAAGUGUUCGUGGUUUUGGUAGGGGUCGUGGAAGGGGUCGUGGAAGGGGUCACCGUGUGGUUAUAACAAGGCCCGCAUCCACGAGGGAGUUUAGGGUAGCGAACGCAGAGAAGAAGAACCAAGAGGAGAAAGCCAAAGCAAGCUUGGCGCGCAAGGAAAAGAAGGUUUCAAUGGGGAAUGAUGCUUUGAGAAGAUAUUCUACGGAUGCAAACUAUAGGUUUCUCCACAAAUGUGUCUCCGAGCUGUUCGCAAAUCAACUAAGGAGAGAUAAUGAGUUUUUGACAUCAGGCAAGCCAAACAAAAUCUCUCUAGCGGCUAAAUGGUGUCCAUCGCUUGAUUCAUCGUUCGACAAAGCAACUCUUCUCUGUGAGAGCAUUGCUAGGAAGAUGUUUCCACGUGAAUCAUUCCCGGAGUACGAAGGCGUGGAAGAAGCUCACUAUGCGUACAGAGUUCGUGAUCGGCUAAGGAAACAAGUUCUUGUUCCUCUAAGGAAGACUCUGCAACUCCCUGAAGUAUACAUGGGAGCAAGAGAUUGGGAAUCUCUACCUUACAACCGUGUUGCAUCAGUGGCGAUGAACUCUUACAAGGAGUUUUUCUUGAAACACGACGCAGAGAGGUUUCAGCAAUAUCUUGAAGAUGCGUUGACGGGUAAAACUAAGGUAGCAGCCGGUGCUGUGUUGCCUCACGAGAUAAUCAGAGAGUUAAACGGCAGAGACGGUGGACAGGUCGCUGAGCUGCAAUGGAAACGAAUGGUUGAUGACCUUAAAGCAAAAGGUUCUUUGUCGAAUUGCAUGGCUAUCUGUGAUGUUUCGGGUUCUAUGCAUGGUGAACCAAUGGAGGUCUCAGUGGCGCUUGGUUUGCUAGUCUCGGAGCUAUCAGAAGAGCCAUGGAGAGGAAAGCUUAUAACGUUCAGCGAAAACCCUGAACUCCAUUUGGUCGAAGGAGACGAUUUGAGAUCAAAAACAGAGUUUGUGAGGAAUAUGCAAUGGGAUAUGAACACUGAUUUUCAAAAAGUGUUUGAUUUGAUUCUUGAAGUUGCCGUGCAAGGGAAGCUGAAGCCGGAACAGAUGAUCAAGAGAGUGUUUGUCUUCAGUGACAUGGAGUUUGAUGAAGCGUCGACUUCGACCUCAACCUCUUCGUAUAAUAACAGAUGCAGGGGAAGGUCUUCGUAUAGUUCUGAUGAUGAUGAUGAGGAGGAGGAGGAGGAGGAGGAUGAUGGUUGGCAAACGGAUUAUGAGGUGAUAGUGAGCAAGUACAGAGAGAAAGGGUAUGGAGAAGCUGUGCCGGAGAUAGUGUUUUGGAACCUUAGGGAUUCGAGGUCAACGCCUGUGCUUGGAAACAAGAAAGGAGUGGCUUUGGUAAGUGGCUUUUCCAAGAAUUUGUUAAAAAUAUUCUUGGAAUGUGAUGGAGAGAUUGAUCUGAAACAUAUUGUAAAGAUUGAUCCCAUAACGAUCAUGGAGACUGCUAUAUCUAAAAAGGAGUAUAUGUCGCUUGUUGUAGUUGACUGAUCGAGUUCAUUUUAUUGAUUUGUAAACUUUAUUACAUUUGGUUAAUUGUAUCUUUGAAUAAAAGUUGAAAGAUGUAUUUCA